AGGGCCUUACGGGGAGCCAAAGGCCAGGGAUCGGCGCGGCCAUGGCCGGGCAGCAGCCGGACGCCUUCCCGCUGCUGGUGCGCGGCGACUGGGGCGCCGCCGAGCCGCCGGGCGCCCUGCGGAAGAAGCUGCUCUGCUACUUCCAGAGCCAGAAGCGCUCGGGCGGCGGCGAGUGCGAGCUGCGAGCGGGGCCGGCGCCCGGGCACCUCCUCGUCUGCUUCGCCCACCGCGACGUGAGACAGCGGGUGCUCGACCGGGGGACCCAUGAGCUCGACUGGGGGCCGAGGGGAAGGCUGGUGCUGCUCGUCACGGAGGUGCCCCUCACCAUGCAGGAGGCCGGAGCGGCGGGGGAGGCCUGGGGGACAGUUAACGAACACCAGGUGUCUUUUCCCAUCUCCAAGAAGAAGGAGGCUUUGGAGUGUGCUGAGCAGGAGAAAACAGAAUCAUUUGGGAACUUGAGAGCAGAAACAACAGUUUCUGGGGAAUCUGUCAUAGUAGUAACCACGGCCUCUGGGGAAGAAAUAGAAGAUGAGAUUGUGGAAAUGUAUUUUGAAAAUAAAAAGAAGUCUGGUGGGGGACCCAUCAAGUCUUGCAUCAGAAAGGAUCAGCAAAUAAUCAUCACCUUUCAGGAUAAGGAAGAUGCUCAAGGAGUUUUGCAAAGGAAGCAUCACUCAGUGAAGAAAAUUGGGCUGUUGGUGAAACCUUGGCAAGAGGAGACUAUCCAGGAGUUACGCCAAAUGGAGAGAACUCAAGAAUCCGUGCCUUCUGCCUUAGUUGUGCUUCAAAAUGUGCAGGUGACAACAGAAGAUUACCUGUUAAUUAUGCUAGUAGAGAACAUCAGUGGUUUAUCGGAGGAAGACAAUGACUUCAGUGUGGAAAUGAUACCUGAAAUAAAUGCUGCUGUAGUUACUUUUGCUGGAAGUAUUGCCACAGAGGAAUUUGUUAAAAAAUUUAAUCAAAACCACAGAGCAAAACAACAAAGUAUUACUGCACGGUGUCUUGAGGUGACAGAAAGCAUUAGGGCUGAAAAUAUACCACCUAAUACAUCUAAUGACUAUAUAACCAUCUACUUUGAAAACAAGAAGAAUGGAAGUGCACAAGUGGUAGAUGUUCAGCAGUUACCUGAAGAAGGUGCAGCCAUCAUUACAUUCAGUGACCAUAAAGAUGUAAUCAAUAUCCUGGCAAAGCAGCAUUCACUCAACAGAGUACCGAUCUCUGUCUAUCCUUACUAUAUCUCGCUGGGAACAGCUCUCUAUGGAAAGGAAGGGCCACAAAUAAAGAAGCCAGAUCCAGUUACAGUGCCUCUGGAUCCCUAUAUCUGGCAGUUCUUACAGAGAAAUAAUAGGCUAAUUGAGGCAAUCAAUUGUGAUAUGGCAAAGUGUAAUUGUGAGCUAACAUGGCCUGAACCCAGCUGUGCAGAUCCAAAAGUUACUUUGCAUCUUUCAACUGCUUUGUCCAAGCAGAAGAGAUUAAUGGCUCGAUUGAUCAAGACAUGGAAUGAAAGUGUUUCUACAGCGUUUUCGUGUAGCAUAUCAAAGUACAAAACAAUUAAAUAUCAAGUAAGCGCAGAGGUGUGGGAAGCUGUUAGGAAUAGCAUAAACCAAAAUAGAGUUUUGAUAAGCCCAUGUGUUUCCAAGGAGUUACUUGUUCUAGUAGGUGACAAAGAGGAUCUGAAGAAUGUUGAACAAGAGCUGAAAUUGCUGAUAGAAAAUGCCACCAGAAAAAUUGAAAGAGAAAAGCAAAAAACUGAAGAAAUGGUGGAAGUAUUUCCAGAGGAGUAUGCAAUUUUACAGAGUACUGGACUUGAAGAAAAAAUUCGCAAGGAAUGCCCAACUCUGCAGAUGACUUAUGAUCCCUUGCAAAAGAAAAUUAGCUUAUGUGGAGUGUCUGAGGAAGCUUAUAAAGUCAAAGGAGAAAUCCUAGAUGAUAAACGCAAAAUGGCAAAGAAAUCAGUUAAUGUUCACCCUUAUAUUUUCCGGUUUUUAGAACAUGUCGAUAAUGAAAUCCUGUCACAGAGCCUGUUUAUGUCAAAACAGAUUAGUGCCUUCUAUAAGCUUGGAAUGGAAGCUAUCUUGUUGACCGGGAGUACUCCUGAAAUGCUCCUAAAAGCAGAAGAAGAAAUAAAUAAGGAAUUGAACUAUAGAAGCAUUGAUCUGGAAGAUGAGUCAGUCCUCCAGAAAAAAGAAUGGAGGUUACUCACCACCCAGAAUUGUUCUAAUGCAGCUGUAACAGUCACUCAGGUAGGGAGUCAGGUCAUUGUUGCUGGUUGUUUGGAAGCAGUAGAAAAAGCGUAUGAGGAACUCUAUGACUUUAUAGAUCAAAACACUCAAGUGCAAAAGGUUAUCAGAGGAAAGCCUAUGGCAGUCAUAAUGUUCUUUGAGAAAGAGAUGGCCAAAGUAUGGACUAAAUUACAAAGUAAAGGAUUGAAAGUUGACUUUGGCACACAAAGGAAGCGUGCAGUUAUUUCUUUGAGUGGGCCAAGAAGAGAAGUGGUGAAGGGAGUCAUCUUAGUAGAACAAAUUCUGUCUGGGUUGCAUUAUAAGCGUGUGUUAAUUAAUGAGCCAGGAGCCAAGUUACAUUUCAAAGAACGAGAAAGCUUUUAUGCUACCACUGUGCAACAAGACUUUAACUGUCUAGUCAGGCUGGAAGAGCAGCCAGAAGAGCUGGAAGAACAGCAAGAACAUAGUAGUGAAGGCAAGCCCUACAGGCAGGCAACCAUUGGUGGCAUUGUAAUAGCGGUUUAUAAAGCUGACUUGUGCACUCAUCGUGUUGAUGUUGUUGUAAAUGCAUCGAACGAAGACUUAAAACACAUAGGUGGCCUUGCUGGGGCACUUUUGCAAGCAGCUGGUCCAGAACUACAGGCAGAAUGUGACAUACUGACAAAGCAGGGGUGUUUGCAACCUGGAUGUGCUGUUAUCACUGGUGCUGGGAAACUCCCCUGCAAACAAGUGAUUCAUGCUGUUGGGUCCAGGUGGAGAAAAGAUGAAGCAGAAAAGUGUGUGCUCUUGCUAAGAGAGUCAGUGAAGAAAUGUCUACAGCUGGCUGAAACAUAUAAUCAUCAGUCCAUAGCUCUCCCUUCUAUAGGUGCUGGGAUUUUUGGCUUUCCACUGCAACUGUGUACAUAUUCAAUCGUAUCAUCCAUCAAGGAAACCUUGGAAGAAUCCAGAGGGGACAGUAGCUUGAAGGAGGUUCAUCUUGUGGAUGUUGCAGAGAAAAACGUUCGGGCUUUCAGUGAGGCACUGGAAGAAGUAUUUCCAGAUAAUUUACUUCCCCGUGGUUCAGUAUGUCAAACUGAUAGAGAUAAGCGUCCUAGGGAAAGCCAAAGUUCUCAAAAUAGUGACAGCGUCAUGAUGAUAACGACAGAGGAAGGCCUUGAUGUUAUACUGAAAAAAGGAAGCAUUGAAGAUGCUACAACAGACAUUGUAGUCAACAGUGUUGCCAAAGAUCUACAGCUUAAUAGAGGGCCACUCUCCAAAGCCUUGCUAAGCAAGGCAGGACCAAUGCUCCAGACAGCCUUAAAGGAAGAAGGCUUAGAAAACACACCCCAUGAAGGAUCUGUGUUUAAAACAAAAGGAUACAAUCUAGGUUGCUGUUAUGUGCUUCAUGCUAUUAUACCUGGAUGGUCACAGGGACAAGGAUCUGCAAAAAAGAUCCUUGGAAACAUCAUUACAAAAUGCCUGCAGAUUGCUGAGGAGCUGUCUUUAAAGUCAAUCACUUUCCCAGCAAUUGGGACAGGGAAUUUAGUAUUUCCGAAGUCUGUUGUUGCCAAAUUACUAUUUGACAAAGUGUUUGAAUUCAGUAGUAAAAAGAAAGUAAAUUCUCUUAAAGAAGUUCACUUUUUAUUGCAUCCAAAGGACACAUCCAAUGUGCAGGUAUUUUCAGAUGAACUGCAGCACAGACGUGGAAAUACUAUAGAUGAUAAAGCGCCUGAGACUGCUUCAAGUAAGGCUAGCCAAAGCACAUUGUUCUUUGGUCCUAUUUCAUCCCCAGCACGGGAUGUGCAUGAAAUGAUGAUUGGCUCCAUUGUGUUCCAGGUAGCAAUUGGAGAUAUCACCAAGGAGGAGACAGAUGUCAUUGUAAACAUAACAAACAAAACGUUUAGCCUCAAAAAAGGUGUUUCUAAAGCGAUUCUGGAAGGUGCUGGAAAAGCAGUUGAAGAUGAAUGUACUCAACUAGCCUUGCAGCCUAAUAAUGGUUUUAUAACCACUCAAGGAGGACACUUGCCAUGCAAAAAAAUAAUUCAUUGUGUUGCCCAGGAUGAUAUCAAGGUACCAGUCUCCAAAGUGCUUCAGGAGUGUGAAUUACAGCAGUACACCUCUGUCAUCUUCCCAGCAAUUGGAACAGGUGAGGCAGGCCGUGAUCCAGCUGAAGCAGCUGAUGAAAUAAUGGAUGCAGUAGCUGACUUUGCAAGAAAUAACUCUGUUUGGUCUCUGAAAACAGUUAAAGUUGUCAUCUUUCAGCCAUCUCUGCUAAGUGUGUUCCUUGCAAGCAUGAAGAAAAGAGAAGGUUCUGGUAAUACAGUUCCAUCCAAAUCACUGUGUUCCAGGCCAGUAACACUCUUGAGCUCUGAGAAAUGGACCCCAAAGAAAGAAAGCAAAGCAGUUUUGGAAAGGAAAAUGGAGGUGGCUGUUGUUCAAAUUUGUGGUGAAAACCAAAAAAAAGUGCAAGAAACUGAAACUUGGUUGAAAAAUGCAAUUUUAAAGGAACAGUUUCAGAAAGUAAUCACAGAUGAGUCUAUCCUGGGUUUUGGUGAAAAGGAGAAUGAAGAACUGCAUGACCUACAGAUGACAUUAAAUAUUGUUCUUCGUUUGGAAGGCACCUCUAUUCGAAUUUCAGGUGUUAACAAAGAUGUGUGGCUUGUUUAUUCAAGAAUUCAAGAUAUGAUUCACAAGGUUAAAGCUGCUAAAGAGGAAGAAAUCAAGGCGGAACUCUUAAAAAAUGUAAUUGAGUGGAAAUAUUUUGAAAAUGAUUCUUAUGUGCCCUUUGAUAAUCUGACAAAUAUGCAUUUAGAAAAUGCUUUCUUAGGAAAGCAGAAAAAUAUUUCAGUCACCAUUAAUAACAAGAACUACAGAGUGAAUAUGGAAGCUAAACAUGCUGAAGAUGAUCAAGGAAGAAGUACACCCAUCCUGCGUAUUGAUAAAUCUGAAGAUCAAGAGUCAAUAGUGCUCCCUGCAACAUGGGAUGAUAUGCAAACAGAGCAAGUCAAAGUAGUGGAGCUAAAACCAGAAAUGAAAGAAUACAAAGAUGUGCAGGCAAGGUUUCUGCAGACCUGUCCAUUACUCAAAAUUGAAAAGAUUGAAAGGAUACAGAACCCAUUUUUUUGGAAGGCCUACCAGAUAAAAAAGCUUGAAAUGGAUAAGAAAAAUGGCAACAGAAAUAAUGAGAGGCUUCUGUUUCAUGGAACAAGUAGUGACUCAUUAGCCUUCAUUAACAAAAAUGGAUUUAACCGGAGCUAUGCUGGAAUGAAUGCUGCAAGCUUUGGAAACGGAACUUACUUUGCUGUUAAUGCCAACUAUUCUGCCAGUGAUACGUACUCUAAACCAGAUGUGGAUGGGAAGAAGUACAUGUACCUUGCUCGAGUCCUCGUUGGAGAAUAUUCCUUGGGGAGAAAAGGAGCAAUUACUCCAGCAGUAAAAAAUACUAGUAACUCUAUAGAUUUGUUUGAUAGCUCAACUGAUAACAUGAACCGACCAUCCAUGUUUAUCAUAUUUAAUGACAUUCAGGCUUACCCAGAAUACCUUAUCACUUUCACUAGAUAAGCAGUCUUCAUUUUAGCUAAGAUUGUGUGUCUUUUAAUCUUUACUUUGUGAAUUAAUCUUUCUUAUAAAUAGAAAAAAAUACAGUAAAGCAAUAAAAAUUACUUUUAUCAUA